ACCAAGAUGUCUUGCUACGACCUGUGCCCACCAAGAACCGGCGUUGCCGUCCCCCAGCCCAUCGCUGAGAGCUGCAACGAGCUGUGCGCCCGCCAGUGCCCCGACUCUUCAGCCUUCAUCCAGCCACCGCCUGUGGUUGUCACCUUCCCCGGCCCCAUCCUCAGCUCCUUCCCCCAGCAAGCCGUGGUGGGCUCCUCCGGAGCACCCGCCUUUGGGGGCAACCUGGGGCUGGGAGGCCUCUACGGUGCUGGGGCCACUCAGGCCUCGGGGGGCCUCUGCACCUUUGGCAGACCCUACGCUCCUGCCGCCUGCAGCCCUCUGGCUCUGCCCCGCUACAGCCAGAGGCUGUGGGACACCCGUGGGUCCUGCUAGAACCAGGCCAUACCCACCAACAUCUCUGCAGGAGUGACAUGGCUGGCACAAGGCACUGAGGAGUGAUGAGCAUCCCCAUCCCCAUCCAAGGCCUUGAUAGCUGGCAGUGCCACACACAUUCUGCUCGUCUCUGCUCUCUUCUCCUGCUGCCUGAUCUCCUCCCCUCCCAUCUUAUCUCAGCUGCCUCACAGGGCAGGACCUGUACCUAAAAGAUCCUGUGAGGCUGACGCGUCAAGUCCUGGGGAUCUGGAAUGCCACAGCAAGGGGGCAUGAAAAGCCAGAAGUCAUUCUUUUGAGAAAUUGCCUCUGUUUCCCCAAAGACAUGGCAGCCAGUCUCUCUGGGAUUUGCCCACUGGUUCUGUGACAGUCUCUCCUGCCCCUCUGAGCACAAUAAAGUUUUCCUGCAUCCGAGCUUUGUCUCCCUCUCUUGUUC